AUGUCCACUCCCAUCAAGGCACCUUUGGCAGCUGCUGAUGCUUCCGUCGAUGCAACCAAGGCCCAGUCGAGCGUUCUUUUUGACGGCCGCACUACCUCUAGCCCAUUAAACAUUGUCGUCGUUGGAUGUGGUCUCGGUGGUCUCGCGGCUGCAUACUGCUUGGCCAAGGCUGGUCACAAAGUUACCAUGUUCGAGGGUGCUCCCGCCAUCGGAGAAGUCGGUGCUGGAAUCCAGGUCACUCCCAACGUUUCCCGCUUGUUGAUCCGCUGGGGUCUUGGCGAGCAACUCGAGAACAUUGCUGUUCGCCCAGAGGGAAUUGUCUUCCGCCGUUGGAAUACUGGUGAGAAAGUUGGUGAAACCAAGUGGGGAGGUGAAUUCGAGAACGAACAUGGCGCUCCUUACUACCACAUCCACCGUGCCGAUUUCCAUAAGCUCCUCUACGACAUCACCAUUCCCCUCAUUGAUCUGCACUUGAACUCCUAUGUCACCAGCAUUGACCCCGAGGCCCCCUCUGUCACGAUCAAGAAUGACAAGGUCUUCAAGUGUGACUUGAUCAUCGGCGCUGAUGGUGUCAAGUCUGCCAUUCGUGAAAUGGUCGUUGGACAUGUUGACCGCCCAGUCGACACCGGUGAUGCCGCCUACCGUGCGAUCGUUCCUACUGACAAGCUCCUCGCCGAUCCCGAACUCCGCAGCCUUGUUGAGCACCCCGAAAUGACUGGCUGGAUGGGCCCCGGACGUCACAUCAUGGGUUACUGCAUCCGUGCCAAGAAGGAGUACAACAUGGUUCUUCUCCACCCCGAUGACGGCGCUACGGAAUCUUGGUCCGCUGAAGGAUCUGGCGACAACAUGCGCAAGGACUUUGAGGGCUGGGAGCCUCGAUGGUGCCCAGCACUCUCAAGUGGGCUCUGCGUGAUCGUCUCCCUCGACACCUGGAUCCACAAGUCCAACAAGGUUGUCCUCCUUGGUGAUGCCUGCCACCCCAUGCUUCCUUAUCGUGCCCAGGGUGCUGCCAUGGCCAUCGAAGAUGGCUGCGUUCUCGGCAACUUAUUCUCCCGCGUCAGCAACCCAUCUCAGGUCCCUUACUUCCUCCGUGCCUACGAGACUCUCCGUCUUUCUCGUACUGCCAACACCCAGGCCCAGUCCCGUCUCAACCAGAAGAUCUUCCACUACGAGGACGGCCCCGAACAAGAGGCCCGCGAUGCUUCGAUGCGCGCUGCUAUGCGCGGCGAGACCGAAGGAAGCGCCAACCAGUGGGCCGACAAGGCCAAGAGCAAGGUUCAGUUCUCGUACGACGCUGACGCCGCUGCCGAGGAGUGGUGGAGGGAAGUUGGAUCCAAGGAGCAGGCGCUCGCUAGUGCUUAG